GCUCCGCCGGGCGCCCGAGCCGGGCAGAUGCGCCGCCGCGCGCCCCCAGCUCCGGGCCCGCCACCGUGCUCUGCCGCGCGGCGGGGGCUCCUCUCCCGGCCCCCCCUGGGCGCCCUCCGGCUCUGGUUCCCGCCCGCUCCUUGGAAUAACCCUUGAGGCUUCAGCCGUCACCGCAAAGUUUCCCGAGGAGACCCGCCUCCCCGGCCGCUGCGCAGGUAAGGAAGCAGGCAGUGGGCGAGAAGAUGGAUUCCUUUUUGGAAAGACAAGACCAGGGGGUGAAGCGGGAAUAACCCAUCCUCCCUACCUUCCCAGCAAGGAAACCUCUACAAACAGGAGCAGCCAAGCGGGACUGAGGCCCUCGCCCCCCAAGCAUCUUCCCAAAGAAGGGCAUGUGGGGGCCUGACAGCUCAGCUGUACGUGUCAGCAGCUCCAGCCCCACCGUGAACAUCUGAACUCCUCAGCGGGGUAAUGGACCCCUCCUUCCCCCUGGAGACGCAGCCUGAGUGACAGGAAUACGGAGCCUUUGGAGAGUGGCUCCCUCUCAGCUCUGUCAUGCAAGAACGCUCUCUGCACCCAGCCCAUUCUGCCAAGUGACUUAAAGGGAUUUAAAAAAAAAGCCUUGGUAAACCAAAAGGGGGUAAAAGCCAAAAGCCACGCAGAGGCCUUUCAGAAGAGGUGGCGGCCUGCAGACAAAAGGGCAAGAGUUGAAAAGGGCCGUGGAGGUAGCAAGCAGCAGAGGCCACCCUGCUCGGGGCUGGGUGCCAGGCCACAGGGCAUGCCCGACGAACAGGGAGUCGGAACCCCCUCAGGCCACCCUCAGGAGUCCUGGGGCCCAGAGGGGUGUCCCUGUACCCCCUGUGCGCAGGACCCUCACUCUGCAGGGAGAAGCCAGCUGCGCCCGCGGCCUAGGGUGCCAAGGAUGCUGCUGACUGUGGCCCGCAGCCUCAUCUGAACGCCAGAAGACCAGAAGACUGAGGCAUCGGAUCCCCUCUCUGUGCCCUGGGGUGCCCCAGCACUGCCCAGUCACCCCAGGUCUGAGGUCUGUGUCCCUAGUGGUGCAAGGCCUGGUAGGACCACGGGGCCGGGAAUGUGAGCGCCAUCUGAGCUCACGGUGUCCCGAGUUGCGGCUUCGUGACUUUGGCGUGUGCCUUCAGACCAGCAACUCGUCGGACCCAGAGGGCUCCUGGGCUGCAGCGACGAAGGAGAAUGUACGAGUGACAACAGGACAUGUUGUUUUAACACCAGACAAUGAAGCUCCCUGCUCUGCACUCCUCGCCAGUGAUGGCACUGACAGCUUCGUUCUCGCAGGUUCUGGCGACGCCCCCCUUUUGAGCUCCUGGGCCUUCCAGAAACAAGCUUUCCUUUUGAACCCUGGGUCCGAGCCAGAUAGCAAUGCCUGCUCCUCGUGCGGUGCCAGGGAAACAGCGGCUGUGAAUCCAUAAAACACGCCCUAAAUCCAUCCCAUCCAUAUUGACUGGUACCUUUAGCAUCGGUCAUAAAGACUGGCUUUGUGUGAAGUCUUGAGAGAAGAAACCAAACCUGCUGCAUGGUUCUCACUAAAUUAACCUCCCCGAGGCUCCGGAUCACAUUUCAGGAGGGCUGUGGCAGCGUGCGUCUCAUUAAUGGGCAACCUCUUGGCUCCCGAUACGAUUUAACGUCUCCCGAUACGAUUUAACGUUAGCCAGAUGUUGUUAGAAUCCGACCUUGGCGGGAGCAAUCACCUGUGGCAUAAACCUGGCACAAAGGCCGCUCCUCCAGCUUGACCGCACCCUGCAGGACCUGACUUCGGCCACCCCUUGGUGCAGGCUGGCAGGCAGGAGGGGUGCACGAUUCGCUCCUGGGUGACUUCGGCCACCCCUUGUGCAGGCUGGCAGGCGGGAGGGGUGCACGAUUCGUUCCUGGGGUCACUGUCGCCUCCUCCCUCUCACUGACCCCGCCCUGUGCUCCUUGCAGGUAUUCAGGCUCCAGGCCAGGUGGGGCCGGACACCCCCAGCCAUCCACCAUGGUGGUGGCACACCCCACCGCCACCACCACCACCACAACCACUGCCACUGUCACGGCCACUGUCGUGAUGACCACGUCCACCAUGGACCUGCGGGACUGGCUGUUCCUCUGCUACGGGCUCAUCGCCUUCCUGACGGAGGUCAUCGACAGCACCACCUGCCCCUCGGUGUGCCGCUGUGACAACGGCUUCAUCUACUGCAACGACCGGGGACUCACCUCCAUCCCUGCAGACAUCCCUGAUGACGCCACCACCCUCUACCUGCAGAACAACCAGAUCAACAACGCCGGCAUCCCCCAGGACCUCAAGACCAAGGUCAACGUGCAGGUCAUCUACCUGUACGAGAAUGACCUGGACGAGUUCCCCAUCAACCUGCCCCGCUCCCUCCGGGAGCUGCACCUGCAGGACAACAACGUGCGCACCAUCGCCAGGGACUCGCUGGCCCGCAUCCCGCUGCUGGAGAAGCUGCACCUGGAUGACAAUUCUGUGUCCACCGUCAGCAUUGAGGAGGACGCCUUCGCCGACAGCAAACAGCUCAAGCUGCUCUUCCUGAGCCGGAACCACCUGAGCAGCAUCCCCUCGGGGCUGCCACACACGCUGGAGGAGCUGCGACUGGACGACAACCGCAUCUCCACCAUCCCGCUGCAUGCCUUCAAGGGCCUCAACAGCCUGCGGCGCCUGGUGCUGGACGGUAACCUGCUGGCCAACCAGCGCAUCGCGGACGAUACCUUCAGCCGCCUACAGAACCUCACAGAGCUCUCGCUGGUGCGCAACUCGCUGGCCGCACCACCCCUCAACCUGCCCAGCGCCCACCUGCAGAAGCUCUACCUGCAGGACAACGCCAUCAGCCACAUCCCCUACAACACGCUGGCCAAGAUGCGUGAGCUGGAGCGGCUGGACCUGUCCAACAACAACCUGACCACGCUGCCCCGUGGCCUGUUCGACGACCUGGGGAACCUGGCCCAGCUGUUGCUCAGGAACAACCCCUGGUUCUGUGGCUGCAACCUCAUGUGGCUGCGGGACUGGGUGAAGGCACGGGCGGCCGUGGUCAACGUGCGGGGCCUCAUGUGCCAGGGCCCUGAGAAGGUCCGAGGCAUGGCCAUCAAGGACAUCACUAGCGAGAUGGACGAGUGUUUUGAGACGGGGUCACAGGGUGGCGUGGCCAACGCGGCUGCCAAGACCACGGCCAGCAACCACGCCUCCGCCACCACGCCCCAGGGUUCCCUGUUUACCCUCAAGGCCAAAAGGCCGGGGCUACGCAUCCCCGACUCCAACAUUGACUACCCUAUGGCGACGGGCGAUGGUGCCAAGACCCUGGCCAUCCACGUGAAGGCCCUGACAGCAGAUUCUAUCCGCAUCACGUGGAAGGCCACGCUCCCCGCCUCCUCCUUCCGGCUCAGCUGGCUGCGCCUGGGCCACAGCCCGGCCGUGGGCUCCAUCACAGAGACCUUGGUGCAGGGGGACAAGACAGAGUACCUGCUGACGGCCCUGGAGCCCAAGUCCACCUACAUCAUCUGCAUGGUCACCAUGGAGACCAGUAAUGCCUAUGUAGCUGACGAGACACCCGUGUGUGCCAAGGCAGAGACGGCCGACAGCUACGGCCCUACCACCACGCUCAACCAGGAGCAGAAUGCCGGCCCCAUGGCGGGCCUGCCCCUGGCGGGCAUCAUCGGUGGGGCCGUGGCUCUGGUCUUCCUCUUCCUGGUCCUGGGGGCCGUCUGCUGGUACGUGCACCAAGCGGGCGAACUGCUGACCCGGGAGAGGGCCUACAACCGGGGCAGCAGGAAAAAGGAUGACUAUAUGGAGUCGGGGACCAAGAAGGACAACUCCAUCCUGGAAAUCCGUGGGCCCGGCCUGCAGAUGCUGCCCAUCAACCCGUACCGCGCCAAAGAGGAGUACGUGGUCCACACCAUCUUCCCCUCCAACGGCAGCAGCCUCUGCAAGGCCACGCACACCAUUGGCUACGGCACCACGCGGGGCUACCGGGACGGCGGCAUCCCCGACAUAGACUACUCCUACACAUGAUGCCCGCCCACCUGGGCUGCCUCGCCCCAGCCCCAGCUGCCCUGGCGUGGCCACGUGGCUUUGCCCAGCCUGCUGCAACCCGAGAGAGCAAGGAAGAGAAAUUCCACGGAUGACUUUCCCCCGCAGAAAGCAAAGUUUGGGGAGGGCUGACGAUUUUGUAGAACACAACCGUGACAAUUUUUUUUUAAAGAAUAGAAGGCAGGAGGGGGAAUUCGACAUUGUUGAAGACAUAAUUUAUACCGAGUUAUACCAGUUGGGGAGGGAAGGACUAAAAAUAAUAUCACAGGAAGGGCUGGGUUGGGUUUUUUGUUGUUUUUUUUUUUUCCCUGAACUGGAAGGAUACUACCUGUACAACAUCUGUGGACACCUCAUGCUCUGUUCAGGGCCGUCACAAAGGAACCGCCAGGGAGAAGCAGCCGGCUCUCAAAGCUCCCACGCAGCUCUCCCGCUGCUGGCCACUCGCUGGCAACGCGAUGGAAGGUUUUCAGGCUCCUCACAAAGGAGAGAGGGAAGAAAAGAUCUUUUGCCCUGGAGAUACGGACCUGAAAUCUCUCCCCUGGCUCAUUCCAUACCAUUUCCCUUGCAGAUUUGCAGAAACAUGGCGUCUUUCACUGCAUUCUUUGAACAAUCAUGUAGUUGAUUAAAAAACAAACAAACUUGUUUUUCCCUAGGCUGAAGCCCUCUUCAGUUCCAUGCACCACGCUCUCCUGUAGAAGCCCCGGCGGAAGCCGUAGCUUUCCCCGCCACCUGGAGGUGCAUCUGUCUGCCUGUCUAUCCCUGUCGCAGUGUCUCUAAGUACAGAUGGGUAGACAGAGCCACAUGCACGGUCCUUACCGUUCUCCUUGGGUCAGUUCUUACCAUUUCCUGAGACAAUAGAAUUGCGAAAGUGUUGCUUUCUCCUAGAGAUCAUUGAGUAAGUAGACGGUGUGUUGGGGAUGGGAGUAAGGUGGGGGAAGAGACUUGGUCUCUGGGGGCUACUGCUGUUCCUAAAGGCUGAGGCGUGUAUGUCUCAGACGGGUGGCUUAGGGAGGCAUCGCAGCAGGGGCUUCUAGUUCCACCCUAGCUCAGCUUGGCCAGCGCUGGGCUGCUCUCCUUUCUGAUCUAGAUAAAAGCUUUAUUUGAUUCCAGUGUCCUCAUCUCCCUCCCCCACCACGUGCAAUCACCUUAACAGCUACUUUCGGAGCAUUUACCAUGUGCUGAAUGUUCCCUCCUAGGACGGGUAAUUAGCGCAGGGAUUUUUUUUUUUUUUUUUUUUUUUUAAAUAUCAGCUGAUUAGACCUAUUGGUUUCCAUGGCUGCUCAAACAAAGCCCAGAAAGAGACACAAAAAUUCUCAAAAAAGCCCUGGGUGACGGCAGUCCCUCCCUGAACGUAGAAAACUCAGCUGGGCCCACCCCUGGGACUCUGUUUCUUGAGAGGGAGAGGCCAGAUCUCUUUCUAAAAAUGCCAGCCUCCAAAAGGGCCCUGGCUGGGGCCCUCAGAAGAGUUAAGAUUUUAUUUCCUCUCUCUGGAAUCCAUGUCGCUAUCAUUCAUUUAUCAACUGACAGUGCAGUGUGGUGAGCCAUGAGAUUAAAACGAUGAUGAAAUAAUGACAGCGAAUCGGAGAGGGGGGAAGAGUGGAGCCUGCGUCCCAGUACUCGGGGAGCCCGGGUCACCAUCUGUCACUGUGCUGCUUGUUCUGCGCCGAGGAAAAGGAACGUCAAAGAGGAGAUGCUGGUCCGAGGGCAGGAGGAUGAGAGGGCUAGGAGCGCCUGGUGGUGCUCUUUUCAAACAGCCUCCGCCGCCGUGCGAAAGCAAAGGCAGAAGCAGCAGCAGGGCAGGGGUUACGUUAAAAGGCCCGACCAGCGCCUUCAGUGAGGAGAUGAGGCUGAAAGGAGCGGACACAACAGCCACGUGGAAAGUUGAAGGACGGGCGCAGGUUCCCAGCACGGCCCCGGGGGAGCUAGCCCACAGAAAAGGUCCACUCCUCAGCCCUGGGGAACAGCCAAGCAGCGUGGGCACCUUUCACUCGAAACUAGACGUGUUUUUCCUUUUCCUGCCUGAAUCAUUUUCUCACACAAUAAGGUCAAGAGAGAAACUUCCCCAGGCCUUAAUGUCAGGUCUGUGUAAAAGCCCCAGGCCGGGCGUGGUGGCUCACGCCUGUAAUCCCAGCACUUUGGGAGGCCAAGGCAAUCUUCUGAUGUCAGGAGUUUGAGACCAGCCUGGCCAACAUGGUGAAAGCCCGUCUCUCUAAAAAUUGAAAAAUUAGCCGGGCGUGGUGGCGGGCGCCUGUUACCCAGCUACUCGGGAGGCUGAGGCAGAAGAAUCACUUGAACCAGGGAGGCAGAGGCUGCAGUGAGCCGAGAUUGUGCCACUGCAUUCUAGCCUGGGCAAAGAGUGAGACUCCAUCUCAAAAAAAAAAAAAAAGGCUGGGCGCGGUGCCUCAAGCCUGUAAUCCCAGCACUUUGGGAGGCCGAGAUGGGCGGAUCACGAGGUCAGGAGAUCGAGACCAUCCUGGCUAACACGUUGAAACCCUGUCUCUACUAAAAAAAAUACAAAAAACUAGCCGGGCGACGUGGCGGGCACCUGUAGUCCCAGCUACUCGGGAGGCUGAGGCAGGAGAAUGGCGUAAAAAACCCGGGAGGCGGAGCUUGCAGUGAGCUGAGAUCUGGCCACUGUACUCCAGCCUGGGCGACAGAGCCAGACUCCGUCUCAAAAAAAAAAAAAAAAAAAAGGAGGCCCUCCCUGUGGACCACGGCCCCCCCCCGCCCUGAGACGAGCAGAAGGGCCCACCUGGGUUGUCUGGGAGGAGAGAGUGCCCGAGGUGUGCCAUGUUGGCAUGGGGGACAGAAGUCCCAGGUCUCUGCUGAUUCUAAAAUGAGCCCCCCCUCCCUGAAGGGCACCACUCUGAUCACUGCCUUCCCCCAAGUGCCACCCAUCUGCAACACGGUGCUGCCAGCACACUGUCCCCACCUCACCUAGGUCCCCUUGUCUCCUCUCCUUACCCUAGACAGGUCAGGUCAUGCCCUUAGUGUUUAGGAAGGCAUCUGGGGACAGUAGGUGGCCUGGACUGACAGCUGCCUGGGAAGGUCCCGCUUGGCUGGGGCAGGAGUGCGGGGGACUUAGUGCUAGAGAGCAGGCAGAGCUGGGAGCCAGCCUGUGCCCAGCCACGCCCUCCCAGACAAGGCCUAGGUGAUGAGCCUUCCUCCCCCGCAUUGCACAGAGUGGGCCCAGGCAGGCAGGAUCCCUGGCAGCUGCCCCAGAGGAGCUCCUUGGGCCCCAGGACCACACGAGUCUCCUGCUCCUGGUUCUUGCACUAACUGGGCAAGUGCGGGGCUCGACCCCUCUUACCAGACCCUGCCUGCCUCAUUGCAGGGAUCACCCGCCCCCCGAGCUCUAAGUGCGGAUGAAGGUGGAAGCUCCACCCAGUCAGGGCCCUGGGACCCAGCUCUAGAGCUGACUUUCUCAUCUUUUCUGCCCCUCAGCAAUCCUGACACCUUCCCAGGGUCCUUUCUGGGCUUUCCCAGAGCAAGCCCCCAAAUAUCUGCUGUAUCACAGCCCCCUCAGCCAGGGAGGGGGCCAGAAGCUAGGUCCGUUCUGAAACCCCAUCCCCUCUUGGCCCAGCUCUUCCCAGCUGGUCUCACACCACAAGAUAGGAGAUGUUUCAGGACACCCUGCCUUCCCCGGGGCCUGUCUAAAUUCUCCCGGGCUCCCGUGCACAGCCGACAUUUCCAAGGGAACGUCCUCGGCCGGGCUGACCCUCACAGCCUCUAAGUAACCAGAACAACCUCAGUGGCCUCAGCACUGAUGAGUACGUUUUGUGGCAUUUAAGGCAGGUUUAAAGUUAAAGAUAAAAAAAAGCCCACGACACUUCUUUGGUUAAGUGGUUUACCCUUCGUGGUAAUUAGAUGUAGUGAUUGGAAUGUCUUUUCUAUUACAUGGCAAUUUUCCUUUAAAUUUCCCCUUAAAAGAAAAAAAAAAAAAGGAAAGGAAAGGAAAGAAAAGGCAAGGAAGGAGAGAGAGAAGGCACCAGCAGGCCGGGAAUCAUUUGCAUUUUGCGAAUGAGGCCUCUUGUAAGCUCAGCUCAGGCGUGGGGCCCAACGUAUGGAAUGCUUAAGAGAUUACUAAAAAUAAAAUCUAUUAAUUAGUCAUACUCAAUUCCACAGACAUGAUGUGCAUCAAAAGCUGCUUUUCUUCCCUUUUCUCCUUCCCCCUCCCCACGGCCUCCCGCCACAGCCUCCAUCUUCUUUAAAUAGGCUGGGGCUUGCUAGACCACCUCCAUGCUAACAUGGUACAUGAGGCAGCCAGGGGUCUCCCUGACCCAGGGCCGGGAUGCAGGUCUGGAGCCAAGAGCUGGGGCAUUGCACCUUCCUGGCUCUGGGUGACUCUGGCAGGGGAGGGGAUAGCACCUGGGAAGACGGCAGCAGCUGGGAGGGGCCCAAGCUGACACUCCCAAAGCCCAAAGCCCACACCUGCCUUGUGCCUCUUCUCCCUCCCUCUAUGCAGGCACGGGGUCUCCUCCUUCCCCUGGGGGUCCAGGAAACCCUCCCUCUGAGCCCAGCCCAGCCCUGUCCGAACAAAGCCAGGCAGAGAGCCGAGGAGGCGGUCAGGGAGAUAUUUUCCAAGAGGUGCAGGGAAAGACGGUUCGGUGAGAAUACGGCCUCUGUUUCCCUUUCAGUAAAGUGGGGGUGUGCUAGGGCGGGGUCCAACGUCACUCAGGAAACUGGUGCUCCAGAGGCCGAGUGGGGGCCCCUCCCCAGUGCUGGCGCUGAAAGGUCCUAGCUGGCCCAAGUCAGGUGAGGGAUCCCUGAAGGGUGGGAGGGGCUGGUCAGGGCCUGAGCAGAGGACAGGCCGGGACCCAAGUCUGCCUCCAAACCUGUGCCUCCCUCCUUCACCUCCAGCCCUGGAGCCAAGGAGCCAGGAGAGGAGGAGAAAGAGCAGACCCUCCCCCUUGAAAAUGGCAGCUCAAGUCCCAAAGCCGGCCCACUUCAGAAACCUGCUUCCUGCUGAACGUGCCAGGGAGGAGGCAGGGGCUUCUGAGCCUCGCACUUAUGAAAAAUACAACAAGGAGAAUUGGAUGUGGCAGAGAGUGAAGGGGCGGGGAGGGCAAUGGGGAGAGCAGGGGCGGUGCUGGCAGGAGGGGCCGGGCGCAGGGAACUGUGCCCCCAAGGGCCAGACCCUGCUUUCAGGGCCAGGACACAGCCAGGAUCAGUGGCGAGCAUCCGCGUGCCUCCUCAUACUCGAUAGGCGCAGGUGACAGCGGCUGCUGCCUGCCCCUGGGUGGGCGCCAGGGCGAGCACUCACAAGCGAUUCGCAGCCGUGCAUCGGCCUUCCUGAGUGCAGAGAGGAGGCAUGUUUUUUCCUUAAGGAGGGAUAAAAAGGCUCAAAAAUGCAAAUCGUUACCGUUUACAACCAAGGGAGUCUGCUAAAUUGAUUAGGAGAGGUUAAACUCCUUGGAGGUGAAGGGAAAGGGGGACUUUUCGUGGUUUAUGAACCUGCCCCAAGUGGCUAUCUGCACAGCAGGGACUUCCUGGGCCUCGAUGGGUGGCGGGGGCCGGGGGGGGGAGGUGGGUGCGAGGUAGGGGGCACCUGCCCUGGCUUGGCUCUCUGGGGAGCCAGGGUCUCUGAAGACCAACACCGAAUGGGUCAGAGUACUCAGGCUUGAGGCUCCAGCACUGCCCUAGGGAAAGGGGCUCAGGCCUCUGCGACAAGUGGCCCAUCCAGUCCUUAGAGAGUAGACUCUAGAGUCAUGGGCUUUUCUACUUCCUUUCUGUUUCUACUUUCCUUUCUGGGUGGGUCUGUCUCCAGUCCACUCCUUGUGGCCAGUAAAAGGGGAGUGGGCAAAGGGAAAACUGAAGGUCAGGGAAGAGAAACUCUAGCCCAGCAAAGGAAGCAGGCAGUGAGCUCUCCAUCACUGGGAGCAUUCAAGCGCUAGAUGGGGACCUGGCAGAUACUUUCCUCCCAAGGUCUGGUGCUUUGACUAGAAGAUCCUGGUUCCCACCCUUGCUUUCUCAUCCCCCAGGACACUGAAAGGGAGCAGAUAUCAAGAGAUGUUCACUGUGUUGCUCAAAGUCACUGGAAUCCCCUGAAAACCCCAAGUCAGGGCAGUCCUGUAGCCAGACCAUCCAGCCCCACCAAGAAGCCGCUUGUGCCAGCAGAGAGGCUGCAAAAUACCUAUACUCAGUGUCCAAGAGGCACCAAGAAAGUACAGAUGUGCGCCACCCACUUUCCAGAGUCUAAACUCAGCACCUGUGGCUCGCCGGAGGGGCUGACGGAGAGCACCUCCCGGGCCCUGCGGCUCCAAAGCCCGGACUGCAUCCUGGGCCUGUCUCUUAAGCCAGGACUGCCUCCCGUGCAGUCCAACACACUCUAUGCUGCUGCUGCCACUGUAUCCAUCCAUCCAUCACCGCCGGUGGAAGGCGCCUGGGGCACUUUUCACUCUGUGGUUUUAAGCAUUUACCGUUUCUUUUGAAAUGUUCUAAGUAGGUGCCUGAAAUACCCAUAUUUGCUUCUUUUUAAAAACUCACAGAUUCUUUUUGCUCUCCAUCCCCUUUCUUUGCUCUUCCCCCUCCCUCGGCAUUUUUAAUCUGUGGGUUCUCCCUGGUUUUGGAAAUUCCAAAAGAGGGGGUCAGGCCCCCUUUCUCACCAUAAAUAGAUGUGCAGGUGUGCCUGGAGACCCCCAAAGCCACAGAGCAAAGCCUAGUCUUUUUUUUUUUUUUUUUUUUAGAUGGGAGUUUUGCUCUUGUUGCCCAGGCUGGAGUGCAGUGGUGCACUCUCGGCUCACCACAACACCUGCCUCCCGGGUUCAAGCGAUUCUCCUGCCUCAGCCUCCUGAGUAGCUGGGAUUACAGGCACAUGCCACCACCCCGGCUAAUUUUGUAUUUUUAGUAGAGACAGGGUUUCUCCAUGUCAGUCAGACUGGUCUCGAACUCCCAGCCUCAGGUGAUCCGCCCGCCUCAGCCUCCCAAAGUGCUAGGAUUACAGGUGUGAGCCACCGCGCAGGGCCAAAGCCUCAUCUUUUCUCCACGUCUCCCCUGGAGACCCCUGCCUGGGACAGCUCCUGCUUCUGGUACCUGCUAGAGACCCUGGCCAGGGCCUGGCUCUUCGAGAUCAUUGUCACUGUCCCCUCCCACCCCUUGUCACUGAAAUGCCCGGCCUGUGCCAGGAGAGAAUGUGGGGGCACUGAGGGCACAGGGCACCCUGUGGGUGGGAUGACUGCCCCCACAUCCUAACAAAGCCAGCCCCCAAAACACUUGUGGCCAUCUGAGUGGGCACAGUGCCCUGGCCCCCCGCCUCCCCACACCUGAAAGCCCAAAGCCUAAGACCAGACAGUCCUCGAAGGAAGGUCUUUGCUGCCACCAGCCCUAAAUCUCAUCAAGGUAAAUGGUCAGAGUCAGCACCUUGCCCUUCCCAGGGUCACUGGGGCCCAGCACAGUGCCUGGCACACAGGGGUACUCAAUCCUUUCUCCGCCACCAAUGGAAUGAGGCCGCCGCCUCCUCUCACUUCCUCCCCACUUGCCAUCUGCCCACUCAGUGAGGAUGUCCCAGGCAUGAGUGUUGGCAACAAAUGGGCUUCUCUCGUCCUGCACCUGCCCCGCCAGCAGCUGGCACAGAGAAGGGCUCAUCUCGGCAGCUUUACCUCUCGGAAGCACCUCGCUCCACCCCGCCUCGGAUCCACGCGUUGCCAGCUGUGAGCCAGAUGGAGAAAUGUAGCCACUCUGAGAGAUCCGGUGGCUGCCCCCACCUGCGUGGGUGACUCAGUUUCCCUUCUUCAAGACUUGCCUCGAGUGGAUGACAAGGGGGAGAGACCUGGGGGAGGGCCCCACAGAGGCGCUGCAAGAAAUCCAGAUCCCAGGCAACACCUGCUGCCUUGCCUGCCGCCCCCGCAGAAUCCCUGCACCAGGAGCCACCCACCUGGAGGAACUCCUCAGGCUUCCUCUGUAGAUGGGAAAAAACAAACGCACCACAAACCGACAAUCAAAGCCAUGGCGGAUGUGGGGCCGCCACCGGCUCAUCUCCCUGGAGCCAGGCGGCCCCAGGCCUCUCUCCCCUUCCCUGUAUGGAACGCAGGCUUGCAAUGUACUGAGCCCACCCCUCCUCGGGCUAGUCCCAUUUUCACAAGUUCUGAGUACGUAGGUGAGAAGACACCCCCGCAAAACCCCGAAACUAGCCUAAGACUGUUUGUCCCCAACACAACACACCUCCAUACCGCCAGCAGCCCGCCCGGGCACCCACCGCAAGCGGCCAGGGGCUUCCGAGGAACCUGCCUGGUGCCUUCCUGCUCGUAAGGAGAGGCUGAGCACCAUGGGGAGGAAGCCACACAGCGCAGUGUUCCUGGCUUGUCAUCCAAGGGGGAGAGAAGUGGGGAGAGAGAUGACAGAGGGUGGAGUGGGUACGUGGCGUCGAAAUAGGCUAGCCAGAGAGAGGGGCACUUGUGGGAUUCUGCUGGCUGGAGCCAGGAGGCAAGUGUGAACAGGGAGGCCAAAGAUGAAAGUUGUCUAAAAGAGCCCGCACCCCCUAUAAACACGGCAGAGGAAUGUCUUAAGAGCCACCAACAGUAAUUCCCUUUCCAGAUGUUAACAGGUUAUUUGUAUCUCAUGUAGCGUCGUAAAGCAUUCUGGAGUGGCACACAGCAUCGUCCCCUUCCCGGUGGUCUGAAGAGGAGGAGGGGACCAGGGAGGGGUCCUUGGCCAGCCCCUAGCGAAUGGGGUGGGUCCUUCUUCUGCUCUACAGAAGGCAGGAAGCCUGGGUCUGGGGAGCAGGCCUGAUCUCUCCCAAGCCUGUGACCAAGAUCCCGUCUGAUGUCGAAGGGGCUCCUGAGCCGGUACCCCCAUUUCCCAAGCCCCCCAGCCUUCCUCACCUGCAGAAUCAGUCGCCCGGGUACAGCACUGUCUCCUUUCUUUUUCUUGGAAGCGGUCUCAGGGGCCUGAGUGACGGGCCUGACCACCCCAGCUACUGCCCACUGCCAUGCGACUGGAUGGCUGACCUGGCCCAAACACCCACCACCAGGACAACAACACAAACCAAAGUGCACUGCGAACCGCCCUUUGGCCUCCUCCUUGUAGGUGCCUUGAAACUUCAAUGUUGAGAUGAAUGUGAUUAACUACUUGGUCAUAUUUUCUGUUUGUCUGUUUUCAUAGAAAAUGUCCAAGUCCACUUGCCUUGUUCUUUCUUGAAAUAAAUAGAAAGAUUUAACUUUUA